AUGGCCACUCAGCGUGUGAUUACGAUACAGCCUCAGUUUUUAGGUCCUCAACAGCCAGGCGAAUGGCAGACGGGUUUGCUAGACUGCUGUUCUGACUUUGGAGUGUGUUUAUGUGGCAGCUUCUGCUUCCUUUGCCUGGGAUGUCAGGUGGCCAGCGACAUGAACGAAUGCUGCUUGUGUGGCUCCAGCGUGGCGAUGAGGACACUCUACCGCACCAAAUACAACAUCCCGGGGUCCAUUCUGAAUGAUUAUAUGGCUGUCCUGUGCUUUCCUGGCUGCGCUCUUUGUCAGCUGAAGAGAGAUAUCAACAGGAGAAAACAGCUGGGCACGUUCUGGUAA